GCGCCUCUACCAAACAUGGGUGUUCCCGCCAUGUUCCGCUGGCUUAGCCAGAAGUACCCCAAGAUCAUCACUUCCGUCGUUGAGGAGUUCCCCAAAAAGGUCGGCGAUGAUAGCGUACCCGUCGAUCGCACUCAGCCAAACCCCAAUGGUACCGAGUUCGACAACCUAUAUCUAGACAUGAAUGGUCUUGUUCAUCCUUGUACGCAUCCUGAGGAUAGGCCUCCCCCAAAGACCGAAGCCGACAUGAUGCUCGCCAUCUUUGAGCAAACUGAUCGUGUAAUCGGCAUGGUGCGCCCGCGCAAGCUAUUGUACAUGGCUGUGGAUGGUGUUGCUCCCCGCGCGAAGAUGAAUCAACAGCGCUCCCGCCGAUUCCGUUCCGCGAAGGAAGCGAAAGAGAAGGACGAGGAAUAUGCGGAGUUUGUGAAAAUACUCAACGCCCAAAAAGCGAGGCAAGGCGGAGAUGUCACCUCUCUUGAACAAGUUGUUGAGAAGACGUGGGACUCGAACGCCAUCACCCCCGGCACACCAUUCAUGCACAUGCUCGCAGAGAGUCUACAAUACUGGUGCGCAUACAAGUUCACCACUGAUCCUUCGUGGAAAGACUUGAAGGUUAUUAUCUCAGACGCGUCUGUACCCGGAGAGGGAGAGCACAAAAUAAUGAACUUUGUUCGUUCGCAACGUUCCAAACCUACACAUGAUCCCAAUACUAGUCAUGUCAUCUAUGGAUUAGAUGCUGAUCUCAUCAUGCUGGGCCUUGCAACUCAUGAGCCUCACUUUCGUGUUCUGCGAGAAGAUGUCUUUUUCGAUUCCGGCAAAGACAAGAGCUGCCAGCGCUGCGGUCGCAAAGGUCAUAUGCAGCAAAAUUGCCCACAUCCCGAUAAUGGCGUCAAGCUCACAGAGGCUGAAGCUGAUGAAGAGUGGAGUGCUACUUCCCAUCCUCCCAAGCCCCAUAUUUGGUUACACAUCAACGUCCUACGCGAGUAUCUUGGCGUCGAGAUGGACACUCCUGACCGCAAGUUUACUUACAAUCUCGAACGUGCUCUUGACGAUUGGGUGUUCAUGUGUUUCUUCGUCGGCAAUGACUUCCUUCCCCAUCUUCCCAGUCUCGAAAUUCGUGACCAGGGCAUCGAUCUUCUUACUAAGAUUUGGCGAGAUCUCGUACCCCAGUUUGACGACUAUGUUACUAAAGAAGGUUUUCCCGAUAUGAAGUCUGUCCAGAAAAUCCUCAAAGCUCUCGCAGGGGAGGAAGCUGGUAUCUUCAAAAAGCGCAAAGAAGUCUCGGACCGUCAGGCUGCUAAGCGCAACCAACGUCAAAAUAACAACAAACGAGCUCGUGGCAACGACGGCCCUAUGACACCUGUCUUUCAGCGUCCCAAAGAGGACACAGACACAUAUAAGAACGCAGGUAUCGCCUUUUUCGCCCCUGGAGACGCACAGUCUGUUGAAGUUCGUGAAGUACAUAACGCUUUGAUGAAGGACAAGAAUCAAUCCAAUAGGAGUGCUGCUGCUCAGCUCAAAGCUGCAAUGAAGAAUAAAGCUGAAGGCGACACUCCGUCCAAGGAACCCGAGCUCGAAGAAUCUGCACCAUCCUCUGGUGUUGAAACGCCAGUUCAACUUGGAAAGCGUGUACGUGAUGUGAUGGAGGAUGCCGACAACGGCACUCCAGGAAGAACGACACCUGUUGUUCCUGACACUCCAACACAAACCAAGGAUGGAGAGAUGCCUCCAGACACUAUCAAGCUAUGGGAAGACGGCUACGAGGAGAGGUACUAUGCGCAGAAAUUCAAUGUCGCUCCUGACGAUCUCGCAUUCAGGCAUAAGGUGGCCCGCCACUAUGCUGAAGGUCUUUGCUGGGUACUAGCAUACUACUUCCAGGGAUGUCAGUCGUGGAAUUGGUACUUCCCCUAUCACUAUGCUCCCUUUGCCGCAGACUUUGUGGGUCUCGAAGACAUGGACCCUAGGAAGCUCUUCGAUAAGGGCACUCCCUUCCAUCCCUACGAACAGCUGAUGGGUGUAAUGCCAGCAGCCUCUAGCCAUACACUUCCAGAGCCUUAUCGUGUGCUUAUGUCGGACCCUAAUAGUCCCAUCAUUGAUUUCUAUCCCGAGGAUUUCCCCAUCGAUCUCAACGGGAAGAAAUUCGCCUGGCAAGGUGUUGCGGUGCUGCCCUUUAUCGACGAAAAGCGUCUCCUCGCAGCAAUGGCAACCAAGUACGGAGAGCUAAGCGAUGAUGAAAAGAAGCGCAACGAAUUCGGCAAGGAGACUCUGAUGUUUUCCCAGACCGGAACACUCUUCGCGUCCGCAAAUAAGGCGCUUUACAGCAAGGGCAAAGCCAAGGUGGCAAUCGAUCCCGAAAAGAGUCAAGCACUACAUGGGGAUAUGGAGCCUCACGAUCUGUUCGUUCUCGACAGCCAGCUCUUGCCGCCGUUCGAGGUUGACGAUACUUCCGAGUUCGAAAUCGUACAGGAUGGUUCAAUGAGGGUUUACUACGAAAUGCCCAAAUUGGACGCGGAUAAGGCGCAUCGAUCCGUGCUACUCAAGGGAAUUACGAUGCCGCCAAAAGCACUCAACGAGUACGAAGAGAACAAUGUACGCCGGCAACGAGACCAGCGUAAUCGUGGUGGAUACCGUGGCGGACGCGGCGGCGGACGGGGUGGCUUCAAUGGAAAUGGCCGAGGUGGCUACAACGGAAAUGGACGAGGAGGUUUUCACAACGGGCGUGGUGGAGGUAUGAAUUCGUUCGACGGUAAUCAGUUCCCACCACCACCUUUGGGAGGCGGCUGGCCGGGAGUGCCGCUUGGCGGUCAAUUGCCUCCUCCACCACCAGGAUGGGCGCCUCCAGGAAUUCCUCCUCCCCUAGGAUUUGCUCCUCAUCAAGGAUUUGCUCCUCCUCCGGGCUGGGCUAAUGGACUUCCUCCGCCUCCGCCUGGGUGGGCUCCUCCGCCUGGCGGAUUUCCUCCUGGUGGUUUUCCUCCACCGCCGCCUGGCUGGAACAAUGCGCCGCCCCCGCAACAACAGCAGCAGCAGCAGCAGCAGCAGCAGCAGCGACCGAGCUGGAUGAAUGCUCCUCCUACCAACGGCAAUAACGGAGGUUAUGGGAACGGCAAUCGUGGUGGAUACAAUGGUGGAAACUCUGGAAGGUAG